AUGUGCAUGGCCGAUGAUCACUGCCGCAACAUGUCCAAGACCCUCAAAAUCAACAACAAGCAGACAUCAAGCGCCACGAAUCAUUUGGCUCAGACCCACGGUAUCAAGAGUGGCAAGACGAAGACUGCCGAAGCAAAGGCAGUGGAGACCUACGACGAGCUUGAAGCUGCCCGAAACAGCAAGCUGUUUCGGACCGAUCCGCAGCGCUUCAUCGUCCAGGAGUACGUCAAGGCGUACCCCAUUGAUUCGGCUGAACCUUUUAACCGGGUUGAGCGCUCAUCCGUACGCCGGUUGUACUCACUCCUGAACAAGGACUUCGACGUCACCGGUAUCAACAAUAAGGCGGUGAAGAAGGUGAUCGCGGAGAUGUAUCAUGCUACGACCCAGGAGUUCAACGCGUCCAUGCAGAAGACUCUGCGCAACGCCACUAUCCCUAUCCUCUACGUGAACUGCGACCUGUGGACGAGCCAUGUCUCCGGCCUCAAGUACAUCGGUGUCCGCGUGUUCUACCUCGACGAGAAGAUGAACGUCAAGACACAUCUCCUCGCUAUCAGGGGAUUUCGACCUCCGGGGGCGCAAACCGGCGACGUGGUGUGCAAGUGGGUGCGCCAAGUGCUAGGACAGCAUGGUAUCCGAGACGAGGACAUCGCCGGUGCGGUGACGGAUGCCGGAUCUGACGUCCGGAAAGGCGUGUCGCAGGCGUGGCCUUGGGAGUGGUGCCUGCCGCAUGCUCUCAACCGUGCUACUAUCGACGGAACGGGCAUGACGCAGGUCAAGGAAAAGUCGAAGAACCCCCUCUGUCGCGACUUGCUCGAACUGAUCAAGGGGAUAGUUGGACACUUCAACAAGUCCGCCGCCGACAAGAUCGCCCUGGAGGAAAUCAUCGACGAGAUGUCCCAAGGGAAGGGGUCAACCGCAAAGCUGUCGCAAGCCGUUGCGCAGCGCUGGAUCAGGAUCUGCAGGAUGCUACUGCGAGUCCUGGAGAGGUGGGAUGCCCUCAAGAAGUUCUACCUCGACAGCGACAAGGAGUUCCCCUUGAGGAGCAGGAAAAAGGAGGUUGAGGAGGUGUACACGAUCAUCAACGGCGUGAAGGCAGUCGUCGUCUACAGCCAGAUUACCUACGAAUCAACCGCGCAGGGUGGGCUACAGCGACUCGUUGUCCUCGCGACCUCCACCCUCGAGCCGAUGCGCCCGCUGACGGUGACGCCCGUUCGGGCGAUCGGGCAGAAGGAGGACGAAGUGCCUGCGGCUUCGACUCGACCUCACACAGACCUCACGAAGGUCGCGAUGGCUACUCGCGAGGCUUUUGCAGAGGCCGUUGCGAAACGGUUUGUGAAGGGGCGCUACGGCAGCGGGCUUGGGACCCACAGUCACCGUUUCGACAUGGCGAUGUUCCUCUGUCCCUCGGCGCGAGGUAUGAAGUACAUCGACACUCUCGAAGCAUCUACCGUCGGACAGAUGGGAGGGUUCAAGGAGCCGGACAAGGUCAAGCAGGUGAUCAGGAACCAAGCACGCGACCUUCUGGCCAAAGGCAUCGCCUUCAUCAGAGAACAGGAAAAGAAGACUCCCGUCGUGGUGGAACCCGAGCCGAGGGCGAAGCGGUGA